GACCUGCCUGCACUGGGCCUGCAAGCGGAACCAGGCUCAGGUGGUGUCCUGCCUGCUGGAGGCUGGUGCAGACAAGCAGCUCCUCACUGCUAAGGGAGAGCUGCCUGCACAGCUAACAUCGAAACCAGACAUCCGGAGGAUUUUGGGAGAGGAAGAAACUGAGUGUCAAGGAGUGAAGGAUCUAAAUUUGCCAAUUGUUGCCAACUACUUGGCCAACCCACCAUUCCCUUACGCGUACGCCGAAGAAAGCAUUCCAGGCAGCUUGGCAGAAUCCCAGAAUGAAAGCGCUUCCAACUCUUCUGCUUCCCAGUGUGAAACUAGUCCUUGCCCAUCAGCAGCUCAGGUUGAAAGCAUAUGCACACCCACAUCAUGCGACAGCGAGGAGGAUUUCCCGGCACUGGGCGCCGCAGCGCCGCCACCCGCUGUGAUCCCAGCACCCUGCGCCAGGCCAGGGGUGCCCAACGGCCCCGUGUGCCCCACGGCUCUGCCCCCUGCAAUGUCCAGGCAGGCUGUGUCCCUGCAGCCUGACAGCUCACCCACCGGGCUCGCGCCGGCCUUCCAGCCCUUCUUCUUCACUGGAACCUUCCCCUAUAACGUGCAAGAACUUGUGCUCAAGGUGAGAGUGCAGAACCUCAGAGACAAUGACUUCAUUGAGAUUGAACUGGACAGGCAAGAACUGACCUAUCAAGAUCUGCUCAGAGUGAGCUGCUGUGAAUUGGGCAUUAAUCCACAACAAGUAGAGAAGAUCAGAAAACUACCCAAUACACUAGUAAGAAAGGACAAGGAUGUUGCCAGACUGCAGGACUUCCAAGAGCUGGAGUUGGUCCUUGUGCGAGGCGAGAGCUCCGCGUUCCGGAACGCGGCCGGCACGCUGACAGAGCGGCCGUGCUACAACAGCAGAGCAUCCAAGCUGACUUACUGA